AUGUCAACCCCAUCAAUCCCUCCUUCUUCUGACACUCGAAACCCUACAGACCUGACUCAUCCUACCUCCACCGGCGGCGACGCCGCCGGUGCCACGCUGGUGCCCGUGGCCAGCGCUGUCCACGGUGGCCGACAAGUGUCCAACCGUAUUCUCUACGUGGCGGGUCUUGAUAAGUCCAUCGAUGAAGCCGAGUUAUCCAAGGUAUUUGGCCAGUACGGGAGCAUCAAGCUAAUCAAGAUCCUCGGCGACAAGAACAAACUCGGGUUCAACUACGCUUUCAUCGAGUUCCAGGAGCCCAAUAGUGCCUCGGAUGCAUUGUCUGGCUUGAACGGCAAGAAUAUCAACGAUCAUAUUAUUGUUAUCAAGUGGGCGUAUCAUCUGUCCAAUGCAAACUCGGUGCAGUCGGCCGAGCCCGUAUUCAACGUGUUCGUGGGCGACCUCAGCCCCGAGGUGGACGAUGUGACGUUAAGCAAGGCAUUUUCGCAGUUCAAGUCCAAAAGAGAAGCCCAUGUCAUGUGGGAUAUGCAAACAUCCCGGUCUCGUGGCUAUGGGUUUGUGACGUUCUUGGACCAGCUUGACGCCCAGAUGGCCAUAAACUCCAUGAAUGGCCAGGAAGUGCUUGGUCGAGUCAUUCGGUGUAACUGGGCUUCUCAUAAGCAGAAGCCUCAACAGCCGUUUAAGAAAACCACUCCACUUAGAACAUCGCAACCGUUGGCGCACUCGCCCAUUCUCCAGUUGCCAGCCCCCGAGCAGUUCAGCCCGGGCCAGUUUGGUCUGGUGCCGUUCUCGCCAGUGUCAGGCCAAUUGGCCCAGUUCCCCAAUACUUUGGGUCCCAUCCACCCGCACGCGCACCAUCCUCAUCAGGUGAUGCAGAUGCAAAUGCCCAUGAAGGCCCACCGAAUUUCAUCGCAGGUACUGGGACCUCCGCUCCAUAUGGUCGGUGGUGGAACCAGAGGGCCCACACUGUCAUUGAUGCUGUCGGGAAUGGAGUUGGAACCGCUCGAUGAGUUUGUGCGCAAUGGAUCUGGUGCCAGUGCCGGCAGUGGAGCUAACACCACGCUACUGGGACCCAACGAUGUGGAUAUGGGCUUGGAAAUGCCGUUGGUAUCCCCUCAGUCGUAUGAAAUCGUCUUGAGGCAGACCCCCGCUUGGCAAACCACCGUCUACUUGGGUAAUAUCGCCCAUUUUACCCGACAGGAGGAAUUGAUCCCGCUUAUACAAGGGUUUGGAUAUAUUGUGGACCUAAAGUUCCACCCGGAGAAAGGCUGUGCAUUUGUAAAAUAUGAUAGCCAUGAGCGAGCAGCCAUGACCAUCGUACAACUUGCUGGAUUCAAUCUCAAUGGAAGGCCUUUGAAAUGUGGCUGGGGAAAAGAUCGCCCUCCUGGUCCCUACAGAAACGUAUCCCAAAAUUUCAUCCAGAGACCAUAA